ACCAAGAAAAAUGAAGACACCCACCAAUCUCAAACCCCAACGCUCCAAAAGAAAGACCCGAGAAAAACAGUUACCAAAAACCAAAAAGCCUCCGCAAAUGAGACUCGUCAUCCUCGCCGCCGCCGCCGUCGUCCUCCUCCAGGUCUCGGCCGCCGGGGCUGGCAGCACGGGGGCGGUGGUCGGGGGGUGGAAGCCGAUAAAGAACCUGAGCGACCCGUACGUGAGGGAGAUCGCCGAGUUCGCGGUCAAGACGCACAAUGGCGAGGCCAACACGGGGCUGCUGCUGAAGAACGUGGUGAAGGGCGAGACGCAGGUCGCCGCCGGGAUGAACUACAGGCUCGUCGUCGAGGUCAAGGGCGGGGCGGACGCGGGGAGGUUCGAGGCCCUCGUUUGGGACAAGCCGUGGGAGCAUUUCAGGCGUCUCUCGUCGUUCGAGGCCGUUCACGCCCACGUUUGAGGUCGUCGUUUUCGUCGUACUCCUGAAUUAUUGCUAAUUAUCCUCGGUCAUAUUACAGUUUCAGUAGUUUGGGAAUAAACCAAGAGUCAAUAGAAGUGGAGAUCUGGUCGUUUUAUCUUCAGGAAUGUUAGUUUCACUCUGAUCUGAUGUGAUGGGCUGUUUCCUUUUGAAAACUUUGGUGCAAUUCGAGGAAUCCCAGGUUUUGCUUU